UGGAUUCCUUUAUGAUUUUAGCCUGAAUCUUUAUCAGUUCUCUUUAAUAAAAGGAACAAGCCAGACUUUGGACCCAGAAAAGGUGCGGCGUGCUGUUUUUGCUGUUGAGAGGUUUCAUAUUUGCGAAGAGUAUUAGUGUGGGACAUUUAUCUGGUUUCAAACUCAAAGGAAGGCGUUUUUCAUGGGAGCAGAUGCCAGGUUAUAGCAGCCAGAGAAAGGAGUCAUGUAAAUCAUCACAUUCACCAGAAACUCGGGAGGGGACUGAACCAGUGGCCCAGCGCAGGCUGUCUCAAACAGCAAUCCAUCCGGUACCACAUCCACAAACCUUUUCGGUAACAGGUGAAACCAAGGAAAUAAGUCUUUCAACGAUGAAAGGAGCAGGCUGCAUCUUUGUGCUGUUGCUUGUUCAUGCGGUGACCAUGGAGGAGUUCUAUGUGAUUGUGCCGGACUUCCCGGUGGUGGCCACGGUGGGUGAAGAUGCCGUGUUGGAAUGUCAGAAGAUACCGAAUACAUCACUGGACGCUCUGGAGGUCCGAUGGUUUACAACGAGCUCGGGGUCACCGGUACAUUUAUACACCAACGGCCAACACCGAGCUGAGGUGCAAGACGGGGCUUAUCGAGGGAGGACGGAACUCUUUCGGGAAGAGUUUCCCCGUGGAAACGCCUCGCUUAAACUGAAGAGGGUCAAAGUAUCAGAUGCUGGAAUCUACACGUGUUCCAUCAGCACCCCCACGUCCCGUCAGCAGGAGGAGCUGCGGCUGCAGGUUGAAGGAUUUGGACUCCGGCCCUGGAUCCGCUUCGAGGAAAGCACUACGCAAGGCGUGCGUGUGGUGUGUAUGUCGGAUGGAUGGUUUCCCAAGCCGGAGAUACGGUGGCUGGAUGGGAGUGGACAAGAUGUGACAGCGCGGUCUGACAUACUGUUUACUAAGGACUCCAGCGGGUUGUUCACUGUCCACAGUCACAUCGAUGUCACAAGUGAUUCCGUGAACAGGUAUUCCUGUUACAUACGAAGUAAAAGACUGCGGAAAACACGAGAGGCCCAUCUCCAGAUAUCAGAUAUGUUCAUCAAUAAAGUUAACGAGUUCAACAUUUGGCUGCCGAUAUUCUGUGUGUUUGCUGGUUUUGUGAUCACAGCUGCUGCUUUGAAUGUAAUGAUCCACAGACACGAAGACAAAAAGAUUCAAGAACUCCAGCUGUUUUGCACUUUGGAAGGUUAUGAUGAUACGGAUAUUGAAUAUGUCUCCGUCACCCUGGAUGUGGAUACAGCGCAUCCGCGGCUCGUGGUGGCUGAGGACGGCCAGUCGGUGAAAAAUAUCGGGACCGAGAGGAAUCUCCCUGACAAUGGGAAGAGGUUUACAUACUGGUCUUCUCUCCUGGGAUCGGUGGGAUUCACAUCGGGGAGACGUUACUGGGAGGUGGAGGUGGCAGAGAAUCGGGGCUGGUGUCUGGGAGUCGCCGCAGAGUCUGUGGAGAGGAAGAGAUCGGAGCGACUGACCACGGAGAGUAGAGCCUGGUCCCUGGAGCGUUCGGGAGACAGGUUUUAUGUAAACACGUCACCGGAAUCCAAUCUCACCGCCCGUCCCAUCCCCAGGAAGGUGGGAGUUUAUCUCAGUUACGAGUCUGGGAAAGUUUCAUUCUACGACGCGGACUCCAAGUCCUUUCUCUACUCCUUCACUGGGAAUGCAUUCACAGAGAAACUUUAUCCUUUCUUCGCCACUUGGGACAUAAACCAUCCACUGAUAAUCUGCCAAGAACCACUCAGCGCUUUAAAGUAGUCGGGUCCAGGGACCGGCUUCACUAGCGCGGGCUAGGACUGUUGGAUAGACACAACACUUGCUAUCGGUCGGUACUGAACGAGUCCCAUUGAAUCCUCAAAUUCCACGUCAUAAAACCCCAGAGAGCGCAGAUAUAAAUGCUGUGACCCGGGUCUCACCACCCUCAUUUGUUCAAUAGUGUUUAAUUGCAAUUUGCACCGAAACGGAACAAUAACAUUAUUAGUUGAAAUAAGGAACUGCAGAUGCUGAUUGACAAACAAAAUGACAAAGUGCUGGAGUAACAUAAGUACCCACCUGAUGGCGUCAUAAUGGCUGCUUCGCCAACAGUCUGUCUGUUCCUUUCUGCUUUGGUGUUUUUAGUAGGUGUUAAAUGUAUGCUUUUGUGCUCUUUAGAUG